UGAGAGUGACGUGACACCAGAUGUUCCCUCUCCUCCUGGAUGAGGCCUAUUGCUGCCUGUGCUAGGCCUCUGCUACCAGAAGGGGGAGAGGGAGGAGGCGCCAUGCCCGGUGCAUCCUGGGAAAUAAACCAACAUGGGGAGCAGCUCCUCCAGGCUCAGCAUGCACGGCCAUUGCACGGAGUGAGAGCCUGAGCGGACCCCCGUGCCUGCCGCUACCACCCUCCGCGUCCUCGUCUGCCCGCCCCGGGGGGAACGAUGUGACGGGCUGCAGCGAGCACACUCCCCCCCUUCCCCAGCCUCUCCCGGAUGAUGGACAGGAACUACCCGACCCCCACCUUCACCGACCCGCUGGCCCCGGCCUCCCCCGCCGCCUGGGCCUACGAGCGGAGCGCGUCCGGGCUCAAACCGAGUCUUAGCUAUGGAGGCGGACACCCAUCUCAUUCAGAAACCGAACUUCUUCACCGACAAACCUAUGCAGCCACCCAUCAGCUGCCUGGAUACGCUACCACACACCAUCCUACAGGUCUCUCUGGAAUCUUUGACACAAGCCUGCACAUGGCAGGUGGAAACACUACAGAAACAUCCGUGAUGAAUUUUCUGUCUGCUAUAGAGUCUCGGACUGCUCAAGCUUCAUCAGGCACAACCCUCCUGCCACAAUUCAGGGCCCCAUCAUGGCAGACGGGUAUGCAUUCCUCAGCAGCAACAGAAUUGUUUGUAACCGGAGCCCUUCAAACAUCUGGAACAUUUCCAACUUCUGCGCUCUCAGCCUAUCAGCAUCCCAACACAUUCAGCUCUAGAAACUUUGCCACAACUCCAUCCUUACUUCAGGAUGGGACUUUCAGUGCUACUACCAAUGGUCUGCUCUCUCACCACGAUCCUCUGCUGUCGAUCAAGACCUCACAGACUCCAACUGCCUUGACUUUUGAGCGUCUGGGCAGUGCAGUGCUGAGUACCAGCAUACCACAGUCUUCAACAUAUCGGUCUGCGCAGGAAUCUGCGCCACAUCUCUUGCAGCCCCAGUUCAGUUUAUUGCCAACGGCACUUGGGUGCACGCAGCAGACAGCUCAGCCAUACAGUACAUCGGUCUUUACUGGUUCUACUGCCUCCAUCGAAAGAGCACUUCAGAGGGAAUGUAGUGUUAUUAAACACCAUCAGAGGCCUUCAAGUACACAGUCUGUACAGGCACAGCUUUCUGGUACUCAGCAUUCCUUGCAGAAUUACUUAACAAGUGCAACUGGGGCUGCCUUGUCUGACACAGCGAGACAGUCUGCUCUUUUAUGUGCUCCACUUGGAGCUCUUACUCAGGUGAGCAAUGGUGGACCAGUGCAGAAAACCCCUCAAGUUUCUGUAGAGUUAUCUCAGUCAUACCCAUCUGCCAUACCAUCUCCAGGUUUUCCACCCUCCUCUACAAAAACAAAAAACUGCCCAACAAAGGCACCUCCAAGGUCAACAAAGACUCCAAAAUCUCAGAGCGUAGCUUCUCCUGGGCAAACCCAGAGCUAUACCAAGUCUCCUCAAAGCCAGAGUUCAGUCAUUUCAAGCCAAGCACAAGCCUUUUCCACAGCACAGUUAAGUAGUCUUCUGCCUGUAAGCCAGUCACCCAUCUAUGUCUCAACACAGUCCCCAAACUUGCCAUCUGCUAGUCAAUCACAAGUCUUUUCAACAAUCAAAUCAGAAAAGCUGCCUCCACUGUACAAACCACUGACCGCAUUCUCAAGCCAAUCGCAAACCAUAACCUCCAGCAGCCAGACACUAAGUUACUCAUCCGAUCAGCAGCCACUUACACUGUCUUCAGUUUCAAGCGAGAACUAUUCUGACCAAACACGAGAACUGUCUUCAGCUAGCCAGACGCAAAGUUAUUCUUCCAGUAACACUCAGGGUUUAACUCCGGUCAGUCAAUCGCAAGUUAGCUACUCAUCUCAAUCACAGGUGAUGUCACCAGUAAGUCCUUCAGAUAGUUAUAAUUCAGGACAGAACCUACCACUAGCAUCCCCAUCUCUUCCAUACUCUGCUUCCUCUCGUGGGCAAACUAUGCCUGCGUCAAGCCCAACUCAGAAUUACAUGUCUAUGCAUUCAUCCCAGAACACACAAGACUCGACUUCUCCACAAUCUCAGAAAUUUUUGACAAAUGUUCCAUCGCCUUCAUUUGCAUCUUCAAGUCACUCACAGACAUUGCAAAACAAUAGAACCUCUGUGGACUCCAAAGCCUAUGUGAAGAGGAAGUCUGACUCUAACCUCUACACAUCUGUAAAGCAAGAGGAUAAGUUUCAGAUGCAGGAUUUGCAGGCAUUACAGCAGCAAACUAAUAUGGAAUCCACUACACCUGGGCUAAGUGAGGCGGAAAUGAGUACCCAAGAGUCAGUAUACAGUGUUUCUAAGGCUGAUGAUCGAUAUUCACAAAGUGUUAUCAAAAGCAAUUCUCGCAUGGAAGACCAAGUUCUUGGCAUGCAAGGACCUAAAAAAGAUGAGAGAAUGUUGAGCCCUGCAGGACAUAUGUCGCAGCAUGUUGGCCAUAUAAAUAAUUCAACUGCUCAUGAUGCUUCAAAGUCAACAGACAUGGCCCAGUCCACUCAAGGAAAUGCUAAAGAUUUAAGUCAACAACAUACCAUGAUGCAUAAAGUGCACGAAGCAAAACUUCCUGAACAGCCAAGUACAUCCCCUCAACUCCAGGCUGUUUUGAGGCAUCCUCAGCAUCUACAGCUGCCGGGGGCACAGGUACUUCUAGAGUCAGACUUGCAAAUGUUUCAGCAGUCUAUUUUACAGUCUACUUUGGCUCAAGCCAAGGCACCCACGCCAAUGCAGCGGAUCCAGAGCCCUCAGCAGGUAGCGCAUCAGUUCCUUCAAAUGGAUGGACACAUUAUCCAGAGCAACGGAGGACAGCCUCAGCAAUCACUCCACUCUCAAGGCUCCGAUGUGGUCAAAAUGGACACUUCUGAUGGGAAGCACUUGCACCAACACUUGCAAGGCCAGAGAGCGAGGAUAGACUCAAAGAAUCAGUUUGACUCCAUAAACCCAAUGUGUUUCUCAGACAGCAUGCUGCUAGGCGAUGAACGCAACUUUUUGUCUCAUGUUGAUGACAUUUUAGCCGCUACAGCAGCUCAAGAAUUUGCCAAGUCCUCUGGUGACGAAAAUAUGUCGGUCAAAUCUGAGGACUCCAAAUCUCGUUUUCAGUCUUUAAAUAUAAGAAACAUGCCUACAAAUUUCACAUCUUCAAAGCCACAACAGAACCUAAACAACUUAUCUUUAAAUGGUGGCCAAACAGCAAUAAACCUUUCUACUGUAUCCACGCCUCAUUCCAAAAAUGUUAGUAUUGAUCAGAAUCGCAUUCAACCUUUAGAGCAAGAUUUGCCAAGUGGCAUGGGUUCACCAGUGCUUGGGACCAGCCAAGAAGACCAUGAGACGAAUGCUGAUGGGAGUAAAAAGCAAGACUCUAAGGACACUAAGGAUGUUCCUAAUGAUGGAAGAGAUUCCGAGUUUAUGAGCGGUACCAAGAGCCUUAAUGAGGAGGGCACUUCACCAGGAGGAGACUUUAUCAUGGGCCAAGAUGAAAAUGGAGCAGUUGUCGGACAGCUGCAGGGUCAAAGUCAACAUAUGUCAAAAACUGACCCUCAGGGGAGUGGUAGCUCUGGUAGCCAAAUGGAUGAAAACUGCCAGGACCAAGAUGGCCUCCAAAAGAACAAGGUGACGGACAAGAUGCCAAUUAAACCGUUUACUGAAGAUGAAAAUGCAAAUCUCAAACAAGGAAAAAGGAAUGUACAAAUGAAACGUCCCAUGCUUAAAGGGCCAGAUGUGCAAUUUUCCUCACAUGUUUCUGAAGGGUAUUAUGAUACCUACCAGAAUCAGGAGAGGAUGAGGCAAAAAAUUAAGGAAGUGGAGGAGAAACAGCCAGAAGUUAAGACGGGUUUUAUAGGCUCUUUCUUAGACUUUCUAAAGACUGGACCAAAACAGCAGUUUUCUGCUCCUGCUGUGCGUGUUCCCAACAGAAUCAGAAGACCAUGUACCCCUGUGAUAAAGUCUCCCUGCCCUGGUCCUGUUACUCAGACCCCUGCUGCUGCUGGUUCUGAGGUUGUGAGUUCUCCGAAAAAGCCUGAGGAGGAGCUAAAGAAGAAUCUGGAGGCCCUGCCCUCUUUCUCUUCUGACGAUGAUGAUUCUGUUGGAGGCAAUAACGAUCUGCAGAAGAGCAUCUCCACAGCAUUGUCAGCAUUGGACGAGAAUGGAGAGAAAAGGAUCAAAGCAGGAGACAAGGCAGCUUCUUCGGGAAAGCCGGAUUCCCAACCUGUUUCGUCCCCCAAGAACGCUCCGGAUAAGCCGAAAGAGGCCCCCAGCGAGCCAGUCCAGGUCGAACAGCUGGCCAAACCACAGGAGUGUAUCGCGAUUGAAGGAUCCACGGAUGACGAGGGCUCAGAAAGCGGAGGAGAGGGCAUUUAUCGGGAGAGAGACGAGUUUGUGGUGAAGAUUGAAGACAUAGAAAUGCUCAAAGAAGCAUUGCGCACUGGCAGGGAACCUCCGGCUAUUUGGAAAGUCCAAAAGGCCUUGCUUCAGAAAUUUAUCCCUGAAAUUCGGGAAGAACAGAGGUCCUUCGCUGCCACAAACAGUUAUCUUGGUUACUUUGGAGAUGCCAAAACAAAAUAUAAGAGAGUUUAUGUGAAGUUUGUGGAGAAUGCAAACAAAAAGGAGUAUGUGAGAGUAUGCUCCCAGAAACCCAAGGCAAAGCCGACACCUGUUCCCAGUCGAACGUCUCACAGUAAGGUCAACACAGCCAACAAAGCGGCAACAGAAACUCCUCCACCAAAAACCACCCCUCCAAAAGUCGUGUCUGCAAAACCAAAAGCCAAGCAGCCAAAGACAAAGGCUGAACCUCCACCAAAGAAGAGGAAGCAGUGGAAGGAGGAGUUCUCCUCUUCACAGUCCGAUUCCUCUCCGGACAUGCAGAGUGAUGAAGAAGAGUUUGAGCCUCCACCACCUCCAAUCAUAACUCGAUUUUUAAACACAAGAGCAAUGAAGGAAACAUUCAAGGGAUACGCUGAGCUUCUUGUUGGAGUUGCGCUAGAGGCAGACACGAUCCAGAAUCUAGAAAAAAACAAUGACGACGUGCUUCUUUCGCACAUGAGAAAGAUAGAAGGCAUGCUAACGGAACACAAGAGAAGAGUGCUAACGAAGCUGCAGCUGGAGCAGCCAAUGAAGAAUGCCGUGGAAAACUACCCAGAUAUAACUACAAUUAACCGCGAUACAAAAGGAAAAUCGGGAGGGACACCUGUGUGUAAAAUAAAAGUGUAUGGCAAGUGGUACAAUAAAAAGACUAUGCGGCCAACUAAAACUUCAAAGCAGUCACAGGAGUUCACUAUAGAUCCAGGAAAGUCCCAGCUGUAUUUACUUUAUCACGCACUCCACCAUUACAAGUACCACAUAUAUCUUAUAUGCAAAGAUGAGGUUACCUCUGUUCAGAAAUCAAACCGGGACCUACAAAAAGUGGAGCUUGUUAACCACUGUCUGAAAAAUAUGAAGUGGGUGGAGGAGCUCUUUGAGAAAUUUGGUGAACUCUUAAGCCGGGUGCAGCAGACUUGCUCCUAAAGCCCAGCCCUUUCCUUUCCUGUUUUUUUUUCUUCUCUUUUCCUAAAGCUGCCCUGCCCUCCUUCCAGUGUAUACCACGCAACAGCACUAACAUACUGCGAGAGGAGACAAAGGACAUGGAAGUCACAUAUACAUUGCUGUAGACUGUCAAUGAAUGUGCAGCAUUGUCUCCCAAAUCCAGGGAUAUUACGCUGGCUGACUAUAAGCCCGGAGACGCCUGGGUGACAGACAUGGCUCGUUUUUUAUUUUUUUGUAAACCUAUUGGGUAAUGCUUUUUUUUUUUUUCCAUGGCAAACAAAAAUGAUAAACAGCAUGCACUAAAUUAUAGAAUGACUUUAUUCCUAUAGCAUUAACACUUAAACGGCUUUACUACAGUUUUUAUGUUCCUCCCGCCUCUGUAAAAACUCACUUCUCUUCCUCAUCCAACUUUUUUCCACAUCCGCUUAAAACAAAAUGAUUUAGGAUGGAGGUACAAGAACAAUAUCUGCUUCUUUCUUUUCUUUUUUUUUUCUCUCUAAGUUACAGCCCACCACACACAUAGGAUAUUGUACAUUUUGUAAAACAGAAUUUUGCGAUACAUCACAUUAAAAAGAAAAGAAAAAAAAAAAGAAUAGCCACCGUGAUUAAAACGUAGAAGAAAAAAAAAAUCAUUAUGCUUUACGGACUCCUUUUAUGAGUUGUCUUUUUGUUCAGGAGACUGAACGCGGAGUUGGUGCAAUCCUUUUGACUGCUUUUUGUGUCAAAUUAUAUUAUAAUGGAUGAAAAAAAAAAUGACGUUAACUAUUUUCCCUGUUUUGAAGAAAACUAUUUUCCUUUAUACUGUGUUUGUUUUUUUUUUUCUUUAAAGAAAAUCAAUUGUACAUUUUAUCUCACGAAUAGUUGUAUUUUUCACAGAGAAAAUAUUGUGGUUAAAAUUCUGUUUCCUGGAUCUUUGUAAUAAUACACCUCCCCUUUUUUUUAUUUUCCUUUUUAUCUUUUAUUUUCCUUUUUGUUUUCUUUUUUUUUUUUUUUCUCUCUCCAGUCUUCAUUUUCCAUGUUGAUUUCACAUUGUAUGCAAUAUAUCUUAAAGCAAUGCUUUUCCUCUCUCUCUCUCUCUCCCCACCUAGAUGUUAGCUACAGUGUUAACCGGCAAAAUGUAUAGCAGGUUACUAUAGUUUUUACAAUGUAGACAAUGCAACCAUUUUUUUCUGAUCCUUGGAAAUAAAUUACUUACUUAACAUGGAA